CAACUAAAGGUAGCACACAAAAGCCAAAAAUAGGAAGAGAGAUAAGGAAAGAGGAGAGAAAUAGUAAAACAAUGGAAAAUCCUGCAUAGGAACACCUCGCUAGCUCUAGAGACUCUCUGUCACAGCGAACAACCCUCUAAAAAAUCCGAAAUCCUAAGACAUCAAACCACCCUUCCACGACACUAAUGCCAUGGCAUGCCUAUUUUCCAAUAGGAUUGUACCAUUAAACCAAAACUCACCAUCAUUAACAGUUAAUGCAAAUACAUACAUUCCUCAGGUCAAUCACAUCAUUUAAGCACAACUUUUAAUUGAAAAGAAUAACUGAAUAUUCAACUAAACGAUAUAGUAUAAUGGAUACAAUAUGCUUCCACAUAAUAUAAACAUAUAUUGGUACCAUCAUUGUAUCUUGACCUGCCGUUUGCGAUGGGUUACUUUGAAAUACAACUGCAUUUUAGAGAAUAAACACCUAUAAGGGCAUUACGAAACCAAGCUUAGUCCAAAAUCUUCGUAUUCCACUUCAAAAGUUUCAUUUUCAAAAAUUGGAGAGUUUAACAUGUCAAAUCAAAGACUCAUUUGAAAAAUCUCAAACCACUAUUAAUCAAUGCAAGAUAAAGGCACGUUUCAAAUUAUGAACUUGCGGCAAUAGUCCCAAAUAUGAUCAAUUAAUGCCCCAACUACCUAAUGUUCCGAAUAGCUCUGGAGUUGUACUGUUGUUUGCGUUGGUCUACCUUCCAACAUAGUCGCAUCAUGAACUAAAGCAAUUAAGAAAAAAAUAUUUGUAUUCCAAAUAGAACGACACAAUUCAAUCUGGUCAGCGCUUUAUACAUAUCGGUUACCCCUGGACCAGUUGCACUUGUUGCCUUUCGAUCUUCAUAACACAAUACAAUUGAGGAGAGGAGGCUGCCAAUGGAGUGAAGUGUGUUAAUUUAGUGAAUCACCAUACACCUUAGCAAACAGGGUCUUCUUGAUAUAUCAUAACAAUGGGGUUAGCUACAAUCCGUCGGUUGCUCCCUCUGCGCAUUCCAAUUAGAAUCUCUAGCCUAGGUUGUAGAGAUUAAGGUUCAGUGAGAACUUUGGGUACAUGAGCAGAGUAGGUUCGUGGGGGUGGGGGGGGUAGGAGAUAACCCCGCGAGUAGAAUGAGAAUCUUUGGCAAGGCUGCGAUGGGUGCACGAUUAGUGGGCAAAAUCACAGUUUGGGCCCGUUUAAAUCCAAACAUGUUUUUACUUCCGUGCUCAAAAAACCGACUGCGCUUGCGAAUUCUUAAUUUACCCCUCCCAAAAUUGCUUUGGAUGCAACAUAUUGAAAUGGGAUCCUACAUUUCUCAUUUCACCUUCAUAUUAUGUGUAGAUUGUGAUGAGUUUAGAUGUAGAUAUGUCAUUUCCCUACAAAUUCACUAACACACCAAAAAGUGGUGAAAUGAGCCACCCUAUUAAACUCAAUCUCGUAUAAUGAUCUUUGGAUUCAAUCAUGCCAGAUUAAUAAGAGGUUUAAAACGUAGCGGUUGACCCAACUAAAACGUUAAAAGAACCGGUCACAUAUAGUUUGCACAAAGAUAUGAUUGCUUCAUAGUAUUUAUGAAAUUUAAAUGAAGUAUUAAACUAAAACUAAAAUGAUCAAAAUAUCAUGAAAAUCGAAGUAUCAAAACACCAAAUAAGUACUUAGGGGAGAUUCAGUGGCGAGGUAAUCGUUGAAAAAUGCAUAUGAUUUUAAGAUUUUAGGUUUGUGUAUGUUUUUAAUUAAAGAAUAUAUAACAAAUAUACUUAUAGUGUGAUUGGUUAUGAUCAUUGUCUUUAUUUAAAGUGACCAUGUUUCAAAUCUCAGUAUGUGUCUCUUUUUUAUGAAUAAAUAAAAAGAAAUUAGGUGAUUGUGAAGACCAAAAUAACCUUCCUACUUUCACUCUCGGAAAAGAGAAUCAAAUUAAUAUGUGAUCUUCUCAUAAUUGUUUGUUAUAUAUCAUACAGUAAAUUUUAGUAAUUACUAAUUAGAAACAUAAAAAUACCUUAAUUGUAUCUCUUUCCACAUAUAAUAAAAAUAUAAUUAAAUUGUCAGUUUUACGAACAUUAAUUGUGUUUCUUCAUCCCUCUAUUCCCAAUUUAGAGUUACGAAAUAUACUCGGACACAUCUCACCGAUUCAAGAAGCAAACAACAUCUCCCGAAUCAAACUUUCAUUCUUCCUCCCGAAAUCAAUCGAAACGUGAAGGUCAAUUCCCAUUAACCUUAAUUAAACUACAAUAUUAAAUUGAAAGUAUCCCCAACGCGUUGCAUCGAACUCCAUUACUAAUCCGAUCGUUUACAUUAUCGAUUUAAUUUUUAACCUAUGAUUUAGACACGAUAACCAAAUUGACCGAUAUGAUUCGAAGAAGACAAGCAAGUGAUGCAACCAAAUAAUGAUUUCGCACUUACAGUUCAGCUGCACAAAAAUCACAUGGCUACAGUAAAAAAUAGAUUCGAGCUACCAAAAAAUUAGACACAGAGCUUCUUCCUCCUUCCCCCAUUUAUCCACGAUCAACACAUGCUGGCGCAACGGUUGCACCCAACAAAAUCGGCCCCACCGUUUCUUUUCCCCCGACCUCACUCCUUCCUAUCCUCCAAACGGCAAAAUCGCAUAUAAGGCGGAAAAAAGAGCCCAACGCUUCCACCGCCCAAAUCCCACCGCCGCCGCCUCGCCGGAAACCAUGGCCGCUUCUUGCUCCCUCUUCAACUCUUCCUCAUCCGCCGCCGCCGCAUCACUUCCCCGCAACCAGACGAGCAGCCAAUUCCGCGUCCCCACCUCCGCCCCAUGCCCCCGUCGCCGCCGCUGCUCCCCGGCGGUAAUCACCUGCACCUCCUCCACACUCGACCCCGCACCUUCCUCCAACUCCGUCAAGCCCCGCCGCCCCGCCGACGAGAACAUCCGCGACGAGGCCCGCCGCCACCGCGCCGCCUCCGCCGCCAGCACCUUCUCCGCCAAGUACGUCCCCUUCAACGCCGGCGGUCCGGAAUCCGAGGAGUCCUACUCCCUCGACGAGAUCGUGUACCGGAGCCGCUCCGGCGGCCUGCUCGACGUCCAGCACGACAUGGACGCGCUGAAGAAGUUCGACGGCGCAUACUGGCGCGACCUCUUCGACUCCCGCGUCGGGAAGACGAACUGGCCGUACGGCUCCGGGGUCUGGUCCAAGAAGGAGUGGGUGCUCCCCGAGAUCCACCCCGACGACAUCGUCUCCGCUUUCGAGGGCAAUUCCAACCUCUUCUGGGCCGAGCGUUUCGGCAAACACCUGGUGGGCAUGGACGAUCUGUGGGUGAAGCACUGCGGGAUCAGCCACACGGGCAGUUUCAAGGAUUUGGGGAUGACGGUGCUCGUCAGCCAGGUGAACCGCCUCCGCAAAUUGAACCGCCCUAUCGUUGGGGUCGGCUGCGCCUCCACCGGCGACACUUCCGCCGCGCUCUCCGCCUACUGCGCUUCCGCGGGGAUCCCUUCCAUCGUAUUCCUCCCGGCCAACAAAAUCUCCAUGGCGCAGCUGGUCCAGCCCAUCGCCAACGGCGCCUUCGUCCUCAGCAUCGACACCGAUUUCGACGGGUGCAUGAAGCUGAUCCGCGAGGUGACCUCCGAGCUCCCCAUCUACCUCGCCAAUUCGCUCAACAGCCUGCGGCUCGAAGGCCAGAAGACCGCCGCCAUCGAGAUCCUGCAGCAAUUCGACUGGGAAGUCCCCGAUUGGGUCAUCGUUCCAGGGGGAAACUUGGGGAACAUCUACGCCUUCUACAAGGGAUUCAAAAUGUGUCAAGAACUCGGCCUCGUCGACAAGAUCCCGCGCCUGGUCUGUGCUCAGGCUGCAAACGCCAACCCGCUCUACCGGCAUUUCAAAUCCGGGUGGGGGACGGAUUUCAAGCCGGUGAAGGCGACCACCACGUUCGCUUCCGCUAUUCAGAUUGGCGACCCUGUUUCCAUAGACAGGGCCGUCUACGCCCUGCAGAGGUCGAAUGGGAUCGUCGAGGAAGCCACGGAGGAGGAGCUGAUGGAUGCAAUGGCGCUGGCGGAUUCCACUGGGAUGUUCAUUUGCCCCCACACUGGUGUUGCCCUGACUGCGUUGAUGAAGCUGAGGAAGAGUGGCGUGAUCGGGGCGAGCGAUCGGACCGUGGUGGUGAGCACGGCGCAUGGGCUGAAGUUCUCGCAGGCGAAGAUCGAUUACCACUCGAAGGCCAUACCGGAGAUGGCUUCGCGAUUCGCUAACCCGCCGGUGGAAGUGAAGGCUGAUUUCGGGUCGGUGAUGGAUGUGUUGAUGAAGCACCUGGGAGAUAAAGCUCCCAAGUAGAAAGAGUAAAAAAGGCUCCUGCUUUGUACUACACUACUACUGCCAUUGAAGGUAGCUAAAGAGGCGUGCCCUUGUUUGAAGUUUUUUGCAGAAGCUUUUUGGCGGGUAGGAUUGUUGUUUGGUUGGUUGUUCUUUUCGCUAUUUCUCUUCCAGUACUUGAACUGUACGUGAAAUGCAAUAUAUAUAUGUAAGGGUUUCUUUCCGUUUAUAUGAACAAAAAUAAUGAACGGAGGAGAUUACCAGCUUCUGUAUUCUCUGAGUUCUCUGUCGUGCAUACUGCUCAUUCCUGUUCUUCAUCUCCAGUUUCGACAGCAGCUAAAUCAAAGCUUCUUCCAUGUCUAUACGGUUUCAGCUCCUCGCAAAACCAAUAAGCGAUAAGGAUCUUG